UGCUGCGCGUGAUGUUUACAGACACCCCCAACUCCAUCGCCAGGCGCCGCCAUCUUCCCACCUCCCUCCGCGCGCCACAGCCAGGCAGCACCAGCAGCUCCCCGAGAAAACAGCCAAUCACAGAAACGGGGAGCGUUUGCCGGGCUCUCAUUGGCUCCGGGCGGGGAAGUACACGAGAGAGUUCGACGGGCCAGACAGCACCAACAGAAUCCCUCGAGAGAACAGCCAAUCAGAGAAAGCGGGUGAAUGUGGGCCAAGCUGUGCAAGUCUCCUGGGGUCACCAGCCUAUAUUCUUGAGUUGGAUGGAAAUCAGACAUCAUGGUCACUAUGGUGAAAAUAUUGCUGAAAUUAACAGACACCUAGCAGAGAAACUUGGCAUUGCAGAAGGAGAGCAGAUAUUCCUUGAGCCAUGCUCCCAAGCCUUAUCCUGUCAGCAAGUAGAAGUGGAACCCCUCUCUGCAGAUGAUUGGGAAAUACUGGAGCUGCAUGCUUCCUCUCUUGAAAAGCAUCUUCUUGACCAGAUUCGAAUAGUAUUUCCAAAAGCCAUCUUCCCAGUGUGGGUUGAACAGAAUACUCAUAUUUACAUUCGAAUUGGUACACUAAAGCCACCUGCUACUUAUGGGAGACUAGAACCUCGCACACAGCUUUUUGUAUGUCCAAAAACACGCCAGCUUGAAGAAAACACCACCAAUCUGCCUUCCUCAAAAAGCGACUUUUUACAUGAAAGAUUUAUUAAAAGUAACAUGGAUCAAGGAGAAAUAAUAAAGGAACCUUUAGCCAAAGAAUCUCAUUUAAAUCCAGGUGUCCUCGAACAGUGUAAGCCAGAUGCAAAAGAGACAUUUGGCUCAAAUGUCCUGCCAAACGUAUGGAAUUUUAUUGGGAGCAUUUUCUCUCGCUCUCCUGAGCAGAAACAAGAGACUUCCUGUGGUACAAGUGAAAUGAGUGCAUUCAAAGAUGAGCUAUUAAACUUGAUUCACAUGGACUCUAUUUUCAGAGUAUGUCAGUCCCAGCCUCCUAGUGUACAGAGAACAUCAGCCACAAAGGCAUUUCAGAAAAAUACCGUUCAUGUUUUUCCAUGGAAUCUGGAGUUUGUUGAUCUAGAUCCCAAUAUUAAAGUGUCUUAUGGGAAGAUUAGUAAGCUUCUCUCCCCAAGACAACGCCAUCGAGAAGCAAAGCAGAAUCUACCAUUUGAGAAGCAAAAGCAAAUGUCCAGCACAGAAGACAGAAACCAGUAUGGCUCUAAUAUCAGUCAAGAAUCCAGUGAGAUCUCUGUCGUGAAGAUAGUAUGGAAUGGAUUUGAAGAUCUAGAGAGUGCCAUAAAGUAUAACAACAGUGUGGAAGCCAUGCAUGUUGGAAGAGUUUGGAUUCCAGAUGGCCUGAGAAAGAGAAUACAUAUAGAAAUGCAUGCAACCGUCAGAAUUAAGUCAGUGGAAUCAGUACCUAAAAUUCCAGCAUCUCUUAGAUUACAACCCAAAAGGAAUUUACAUAAAGACAUAAGUGAAGAUGACAUAAAAUCUGCUUUUAGUUCGUGGCUGGAGGAUACCACUACUGUUGAUCUUCCCUGGAUAAUGACAGACACACACUGCAUACAACUAGUUGUUAAAGAAGUUGUUCAGUGUGUUUCCACAGGAAUGGAAGAGUUUAUCCUUAGUGUAGUACAUCCUUCUCACGCUGAAGAAAAUAGAUCGGAGAAUAUUUUUAUGUUGGAUCCCAGUUUGCUGCAGAAGACAAAUAUACAAGUUCUUAUACAUCCUAUGCCUACAGAAGCUGAUGAUGACAGAACACAGUCUACUAUACAUGAUACUGACCAAAUCCUUCCUUUCCACAAACUAAACAGUUUAGGAGGAGUGGGUAAACUAGGAACAUCCUCCUUUGAGCACAUAACCCACAGCCUCUUGGGACGCCCUUUAUCUCAAAAGCUAGCUACCAUAGCUGUGGGACUGCGCAGUGGAGCAGUCCUGCUCACAGGAUCAAAGGGAAGUGGAAAGUCAACAUUAGCGAAGGCCAUCUGCAAAGAAGCCUUUGAUAGAUUGGAUGCUCAUGUGGAAGUAAUUGACUGUAAGGCUUUAAGAGGAAAAAGAUUAGAAAACGUACGAAAAAAAGUGGAGGAAGUUUUUCUAGAGGCAGCAUGGAGACAACCAUCCAUUCUUCUGAUGGAUGAUCUUGAUCACAUUGCUGGAGUUCCUUCUGCACCAGAGCAUGAGAACAGCCCUGAAGCAGUUCAGAGCUAUAGACUUACACAUGUUUUGAAAGAUGUGAUAAAAGAAGUUAUUUCCAUGGGCAGUUUGAUUGCAUUAAUUGCCACAAGCCAGUCUGAACAUUCUCUGCAUCCUUCCCUUGUUUCUGGUCAAGGAGCUCAUAUAUUUCAAUGCUUCAAACAUAUCCAGCCUCCAGACCAGCUGCAAAGGUAUGAAUUACUGCAUUCCAUUAUAGAAAAUAAAUUGAACUCCAAUAUAAACAGAUUCUAUGAUCUUGAUCUCCAGCAUAUUGCAAAGGAAGCAGAAGGGUUUAUAGCUAGAGAUUUUACAAUGCUAGUGGAUCGUGCCAUACACUCCUGUGUUUCUAAUAAGGGAGCGUGCAACAAGGAAGACUUGAAUCUGUCAACCUUAGACUUUCAAAAAGCUUUAAAAGAUUUUACUCCUUCAUCUCUGAGAAAUGUUAACCUACACAAACCUAAAGACUUGGGCUGGGACAGGAUUGGUGGCUUAAAGGAUGUACAGCAAAUUCUCAUGGAUACCAUCCAGUUACCCACAAAGUAUCCAGGAUUAUUUGCAAACCUCCCGAUACGACAGAGGACAGGAAUUUUGUUGUAUGGUGCUCCUGGAACAGGAAAAACUCUAUUAGCAGGUGUAGUUGCCCGAGAGAGUGGAAUGAAUUUUAUCAGCAUCAAGGGACCAGAGCUCCUCAGUAAAUAUAUUGGAGCAAGUGAGCAAGCUGUUCGAGAUGUCUUUAACAGAGCACAGGCAGCCAAGCCUUGUAUAGUUUUCUUUGAUGAGUUUGAUUCCAUUGCCCCUCGACGAGGUCAUGAUAAUACUGGAGUGACAGACCGAGUGGUUAACCAACUGUUGACUCAGCUGGAUGGAGUAGAAGGCUUACAAGGGGUUUAUGUGUUGGCUGCUACUAGUCGUCCUGAUUUGAUUGACCCUGCUCUGUUGAGGCCAGGUCGACUGGAUAAAUGCCUGUACUGUCCUCCUCCUGAUCAGGACAAAAAAAUGAGCUCUUCAGGCCAACAGGGUCAUUUCCUUUGUGUGGACACUUCUCUUCUUAUGUUUAGAAAGACUUCUCGUUUUGAAAUCCUAAAAGCCCUCAGUCAUUCUCUGCCUUUGGCAAAUGAUGUGGACUUUCAGCAUUUGGCAGCAAAAACGGAGCACUUCACAGGAGCUGACCUAAAAGCUUUACUGUACAAUGCCCAGUUAGAGGCAAUACAUGCUAGCUUGGGUUCAAAUUUACCACAAGAUAUCGGUUCUAGUUCAGACAGUGACCUCAGUCUCUCUUCUAUGGUUUUCUUAAACCAUAGCAGUGGUUCAGAUGAUUCAGCAGGGGAUGUAGAAGGAGGGCUGGAGCAGUCUCUUAUUUCCCUAGAGAUGUCCGAGUUGUUUUCUGAAGAUUCAAGGUCCAACAUUUAUCGUCUUUACUUUGGAAGCUCCUAUGAAUCAGAGCUAGGAAAUGGAACUCCAUCAGAACUGAGCUCUCAGUGUUUGUCUGGACCAAACUCUAUAACCCACGAUUUAACUGGCAUUACUUUGAGAGAUAUAGUAUCGUCACAACCCUCCGUGCUCAGAACCACCUCACAAGAAGGUUUCCAAGAACUUAAUCAGGAACAAAUAGAGCAACUCAGGGCUGAAAUCAAUGCAAUCAAGGCCAACUACAGGAGCAGGAAUGGAGAGGAUGUUGCCCCUAGCCAAUCAGGAUUAACCAGGAACACUUUAAUUAUUAGUCAGGCCCACCUAAUGACUGCACUUGAGGACACAAGACCAUCUGUAAGUCAAGAUGACUGGAAGAAUUUUGUUGAACUCUAUGAAGAUUUUCAGCAUCCCAAGAAGAGGAAAGAGCAGAAUGGAGCAACUUUCAGACCAGGACAAAAAGUGACUUUAGCCUAAUAAUUUGUAAUGCAAUUGUAAUCACUAAAUUGUAGCUUUAAAUGUUAGUUGUUUAAAUUAUAAGAUCAGAAUAAGAUUUAUAUUCAUAUGGAUUUAUUACUGCCAUGACUGAAUGACAGGCUUCUUUGAAAUUAAUUUUAAGUGUUGUAAAAUUAUUUGACUUUUUAUUUUGCAAAAAUAUGUCUUCCUACAAAUUGAUAUUAAACAUUUUGAGACAACAUUGGUUACAAUGUGUCUAAUUGCUUAUUUGCCAAUGAAGUCCAGAUUUUGAACUUAUUGUGCAGUUUUUGGAAGGAAUUGAUGGUUUUAUCAAGCUUUCUUCUUCCUCACAACAAAUAUGUUGUUUUCUUCACAGCUGUUCUACAGUUGUAUUUCUAUAGUUGUAAUAAAAACCAAAUGGCAUCCUAAGGUAGAUUUACCAAAAUUCUGUGUUCAGGAGAAGCAUGGUAUUUAUACAACUUAUAUGAAUACAUUUUAAUAACUAACAACACUGGAAAUAUACAACUAUAUUGAACUAUAUAUGUUAUGGUCUUCAUAAGUCUAAAGGGGAAACAUUCUGUGUGUUCAUUGGUAGGUAAGCAGUCCAAUAUAUUCUUUCAGAUCAGCUACAGAUUAAUAGAAUUAAAAAACAAACCAAAAUCUAAGCUUACCUUCUAAAGUAAGAAAAUAGAGACAGGAUAGAUUUAUUUUUAAAAAAGGGAAAAGAUGCUUUCAUUUUCCAACUAACUAAUCUGAGAAAGAAUUGACAUUUAAGUCUGAAGGGACGACCAAGUGGAGAACUGGGAUAUUGAUAAGCAUCAGAACAUAGUAAAUUGUCAAUAAAAUGCUCUGUGGAGUCACCUUCAAGUCAGAGUGUGUGUGGGGGGGUUUAAAUAGCAUAUUGUAUUUCAGUGUCAAAUAUUGUACUGACAAUCUUAAAAUGAAAGCAAGUUUGCAUCAGGCUCCACACUGAGAUCCCCUUUCACUCUGCAAAAUGAAAGUAGGAUUACAUACCAUGGCUUGCAAAACUUUCAUGGAAACUUAACAGUACAUACUCCUCUACUUCCCCUCACUCUUUUUAAUGAGGAAGUUAAUAAAUAUAAUAAUGGUAUUUUACUUCUUCUCUAUCCUCCCCCUCCCCCCCAAAAAAAAAUUAUCUGAGCAAGAAAGUAAGUAGACUGUUACAGAUGUGCUGUACUAACUGAUGUAAAGAUGGUAGAACCUUGAUUGGGGCUGUGGGUAAUACUUCUCAGCCAGAGGUCACUAUUAGCAAUAAGCGGAUAUGAGAUAAUCUCUUCUUCACUAAUCCUUCAAUAAUAACUAAAAACAAACAGAUGGAAUGAAACAUAUCUACAGACUGUUUUAUUCAGGUGUAUGAUUAUGGUGUACAGGGGACAUAAAAUGGUGAACAAGGAUGCCAGUUAGUGACAGGUGGAAUGAUAGUGUUUGUGAUGUGUUCAUUGGAACUAGUCUGAGAUCACGACACUAAUUUCAAGUAAGCCACCAAAAGUCACUGGAUAAUAAUGACACAAUUAAUCUAUAUUUGAACCACUGAGUUAAAGUUGAAAGGGUCUGUGCCUCAAUACUAAUCCCUUAUGUCACCCUGUGCCCCUGAUGUGAUAUAUAAAGCCGUGAAGUCAAUUGUUUUUCUGGGUGCUUAUUAUAAAUUGUGUAAAAGUUGACCGUAAAAGUUAGGUCAUCUUUUCAAUCCUCUGUUAUCAUCUGUCUUGUCAGCUGCAACUAAAAUGUUCUCAGUUGCCAGCCAUUCUUCUUAGUAGUUGAUGGGUAUCUAAAGAAACAAGAGCUAAAU